GAUUUUCAAGAAGAAAUCAAGGAUGGAGGCUCUUUUUCGCUGCCAGUAAGAAACAUGAUCCGCCGCGGUCUCCUUCCCCAAUCCGCCAUGGCUAGCAGCCACCAGUUGCUCCUGCUCCCAAGGCGGCAGAGGGGGCCGGGCAGGCCGGUGGCUCGACCCCCCUGCACCAUGUGGCUUCCCCGUCGCUGCUCUGCUCAUAGCGGAGAUUCUGAUUGCCAAGCGUGGAUCAACGGGAGGCGCCUAGACCGACCUCAAGCGCCGGUGCGUGCGCCUCGCCGAGGAGGAUGCCCUGCCGCCCGCCGGGGCCUCGCCAUGAACACCUGGAUGCCCUCUAGCAGUGUCACUUGUACUCUCAGUGGAAGUGAUCAACUCGCUCGACGUUCGAAGGUAUCACAAUCCAUAUACUUUACAAUCUCCUAGCUUAUCAACAUAUGCAAUUAGGCUGCGCCGUUAAUUUGUUUACUUGUCAUUACCGAUUUUACUUGCAGUUGUCGCGACAAUGGCUGGAGGGCCGAUGGACGUCUGGAAUGAGUGGGCGACGCAGAUCCUGGUACUCUUGAGCCUUGCCCUCCAGAUUGUCCUCCAUGUUUUCGCCAAGGUUCGUCAGCGUGAAGCAAGCUCAGUUCUAUUGAGGCUCCUCCUCUGGCUGGCAUACCAGCUGGCUGACUCGACCGCGACAUACGCCGUCGGCCAGCUCUUCUUCAGCAGUACACCGCGCGACCACCACCUCGUCGCCUUCUGGGCGCCGUUUCUCCUGCUGCACCUCGGCGGCCCGGACAACAUCACAGCUUACGCUCUCGAGGACAGUAAGCUCUGGAAGCGCCACUUUCUUAGCCUUGUGGUGCAGGUCCUGGGAGCUGGAUAUGUCAUGUACAAGCAUAUCGUCGGCAGCGGUAUCUUGCUCAUGCUAGCUGCCAUAUUGAUGGCAGUCAUCGGUGUUGCAAAGUAUGGGGAGAGGACAUGUGCGCUGUGGUGCGCCAACUUCAGCACUCUCCAAAGCUCUCUCAAGGUUAUGGCGCGUGAGAAACAUCACCAACAUUUUCAUGCCGAGCAUCAAGACCAGUACACCGACUUUGAUGAUGUUGAUGACGAGCUCCUUCUGCAGUAUGCUCACUCCCUGUUUCAUAUCUGCAAGCGUGGGAUAGUUGAUUCUGUGAUCGAUGGAGAUUCAGACAACCCGAGCGAGGUAGAUUCUGCGACCAACAAAAUAAUCUGGAACCUUAUGGAUGACCGUGCACGCAUGUGGACGGUGAUGGAGAUGGAGCUGUCCCUUAUGUAUGACAUCCUGUACACCAAGGCAAGUGUGAUCCACUCUUGGUUUGGCUACUGCAUUCGUGUCAUCUCGCCUCUUGCCAUCGUCGCCUCUCUUGUGCUGUUUCAGCUGAACAGAAAAGAUGGUUACAGCCAAGUCGACGUUGCCAUCACCUACACCUUAUUGGGUGGCGCCUUAGUCUUGGAGACGAGAUCGCUCCUAGCUGCACUAGGGUCGAGCUGGGCGCUUGCAUUCUUGUGUGGCACACGAUGGAAUUGGCUUCAGCAUGCAGCUCUGUGCACUGGAAGGUGGCAUCGUCUUCGCCGCGCACUUGUUUCUCUCCGCCGGUCCCCACCUGGCAAGAUGAUCAUGCCUGGAAGCUCGAGAAGGUGGCCUGGCACCAUAGGGCAGCACAACAUGCUGCGGUUUCGCACUGGACAGGUGGAUCCCACGAGUCGCUGGCUAGGAGAUAUUUCCAAGAUGCUAGGACUUCGCGAGUGGUGGGACAGGAGGUGCUACUCGUGGACCAUCAUAAUCCCGGAGAAGGUCAAAGAGCGUGCGCAGGCGGUGCAGAGGUGGGUUUUACCGGGUGAUAUAAACACAAUGGGCUUGCUCAGGCAUAAGUGGGGUGAAUCAGCACUUCAUGAAAAGAGGUACCCUGGGCUCUACGAGCGGUUGAAGACAUAUCUUGGGGUUGACUUCCAUGAGAGCAUCAUCAUCUGGCACAUUGCCACCGACUUGAUCCUCGCUGAGAGGAAGCAAAGGGGGCAUGAUUCAGCUGACCACCGCGUGGAGGUUGUCAGGACACUUUCCAACUACAUGAUGUUCCUCCUGGUGGACCGCCCGUACAUGCUACCAGGCCUUCCUCAAAACUGGCUGUACAAGCAAACCUGCAAAAAUCUGGACAGGAUAUGCAAAACACACCUCGUCCACCCUCGCGGCAACAGUUUCUGCACCAUGCUGGAGAAGUUGUUCCGACCACACCAUCUCUCUGGCUUGGAAUCUUCUGAGCUUGAGGAGAAGCUCGCAGAGAUCAUACUGAAGGAGCCGCAGGAGAAGAAAGCCUCCGACUCAGAAAAUCCUCGGCUCAUGUAUGCGCGCAAAAUUGCUGCUGAACUGCUUGUUUAUGAGAACAAUGAGCUGCGCGUGCUGCUAGAUUUGUGGACCGACUUCCUAGCCUACGCAGCCAACCGGUGCAGCAGAGAGUCACAUGCCAGGAAGCUUAGCAACGGUGGUGAGUUCACAACCGUCCUGUGGCUUUUGAUAGAGCACCUCUGCCAAGUGAAAGCAUUUGCAAAACAGGGGCAGAGCCAUGUAUAAUUCAUUUUAGUAGUUCAUGUCACCCACCGAUGUUGUAUAUCUUUUCUUUGGCACAUCCCACUAUGGUCCCCGUUUUCAUUCCCAGUUAUCCCACAUAAGCUCUGUCCCUUGGUGAAAUGACACACCGUGAAUGCUCUAAUCUGCGGAGGAAACUCUCAGCAGUCCUAGUGGUACGUGCUAUACUCAGGAAAUUUUACUAUUCCAUUUGAUACUACCAAGUUCUGACUACA